CAGAUACAGAUACAGAUACACACAACAGAUUGCAACAGAAUGCGUACGGCAAAGCAAUCGCAGCAAGCAGCCAAGAAGCAGCCGCAGCCGCAGCCGCAGAAACCACAGCCCAGCUAUGUGGGAAAAGCUGUGGCAGUCGCGGCCAGCAGGAACAAGGGGCUGCUGCAGCAGCAGCAGCAGCAGCAGGCAGCAGUUGUGGCAGUUGGUUCCGAUGAAGGCGCUGGAGAUGGACCGUCAAAGGAUCGCUUGGUGUCGCUGCGCUUUCACGACAUCUCGCUGCUGCACACGGACGUGAGGCUGCUGCAGGAGCGUCGAGGCGGCAUGAACGAGCGACUGGUGGCCUUCUACUUUGCCUACCUGCAGAACAGGCGCUACAAGGCGCAGUCGCAGGUGUACUUCAUGCAGCCGUCGCUGGCGAGGAGCCUGCGCCAGACGAGCCAGCGCCUCCUGAAGCGCCAGAUGCGCGAGCGUGGCCUGCACGAGCGCAAGUUCAUCCUGCUGCCAAUGUGCAGUGAGCCGGGCGCCUUUCACGUGGCCCACGAGCACUGGUCGCUGCUGUUCAUCGCCCGGCCGGAGCGCAAGCUGUACUACUACGAUUCGCUGGACAACAGCCACAGGCAGCUGGCUGGCGCACUGCACCAGUGUCUGAGCGCGCCGCUGGCCCUCACCGAGUUCAGCCUGGUGGUGGGCCGCUGCCUGCAGCAGGCACACAACGAGGAGCACCAGUCGGGCAUCCAUGUGAUGUGCAUGGCCGACCAUGUGGCGGACUAUGUGCUGCGCUGUGGCUAUGCCUCGAGCAGCCUGCUCAUCGCCCGCGACGAGGUGCAGGGCAUGCGCACAGCCGUCCUUCAGCUGAUUCAGUGCAUGGGCGGCAUUCUGCCCUCCUCCAGGAAGCAGAGCAGCUCGGAAGGUUAACGGCAAGCGUUGAUCCUCCUCGCUCUUUAUUUCUUUAUUCUUUUUUGUGUGUGUGUGUCGUUCAGCGAGUAAAUUAUUAAAUAAAACAA